UUUGGAGAUCCUUUUUUUUUCGAGUCGGUUGGAUAAGCGUCGAUUAUGCUCAUUGUGUUGCCAAAUUCCAUUCAGUCAAUCUAGGUGUUGCGAUUUUGCUACCGUUGAUUCCCAUUUUGUCCCCAUCCUAUUCAUAGCCAUGAAAUACCCUCCUUCCUCGUCCUCAAAAAAGAAGACGAAACCCAAAACUAUCUCCAGUCUCAAUGCUCCUCGCCGUUACCAUGUCCCACUGAUCCUUAUCCGCGUUUUGAGCAUCAUACCUGCACCGCUCGGUGCUCUUCAUAAUAUUCAAGCUUCCCUGAACGUAGCCGAACGGGACGCAGGUGGCGCCGUUAUCCUUCACAGUACUCAAAUGGAUUAUUGGGUGGCCAAUAUCUGGUGCGCCCUUGCAGGUUAUUGGGGCUGGAUUGUGACCACAAGAUUAUUGAGGAGAUGGAUAUACCACUAUGAAAUCGGAAGCGCGAUGGUUCGACUGAUUACAUUGACGGUGAUUAUCUGGUCCAUCUCGUUCUUUGUUAAUUCGCAUAAUGCAGAUAAGCCCAUAAAGUCAUGGAUCACCAACUGUGUUAUCUUGUUGGUGACCGAUCUUCUUCGUUUACGAUUUGCUUCCAAAGCAGAAUACCAUCGCAAACGGUGGGAACUCGUUCCGAGGAUCAAUCUGAAAUCCAAAGUCGUGAAAACCUUGGUACUUCCACUGUUUGCUGUCACAUGUUUAACCACCUUGGUCGCUCUUUGCCAAAUCGAGAAAUUGCAGUAUACCACCAGCGAACUGUUGCACAGUCCAUUCAGUUUGAACUCGGCCGUAUCAUCGAUGGAGGCACCGACGAUUGUGGUACUGAUUCUUUCUUCAUGGUCCAAUGCCCAUCGUCGCCAUAUCUUACGCAACACCGUGCUUCACUGGUUGCCACGAGACAAAGUCGUUUACCGUUUUGUGAUCGGGCAACCUCCUUCGGCGCGGAUUCAAAUGUUGUCUGGCAACGCGUUACUACGCGAAUCGAAACUCCACGGUGACUUGCUCAUGGUGCCUUCCUCCGACUUGACGUCCGCUCAAAGCCACAAACUGCUUCAGGCACUGCACUGGACCGCUCAAUUCCAGUAUGACUAUCUUGUGAAGACACGGGAUGAUGUCUUUGUGCGCUGGGAUACGGUGAUGGCCGAACUGGAAGCUUUGGGACCUUUGCCCAAUUACUGGCGCGGUAUGGUUUACAGAGAUAUGCCGCAGGUGAGCCUGCUUCGUAAAUACCGGUUCCUGACACCUGCCGAAGAGUAUACCAUGCCGAUUCUUCCACCAUUUACAUCCGGCACUUUAACCAUCUUAUCGCGGGACAUUGUAUCACUGAUUGUUCACUCCACAACGCCGCAUCGAAUGCUGGAAAAUGAUGAUCGAAGUAUGGCCGUGUGGUUGUUUGGUUAUAACGUGUCAUCGGUUCAUGAUAUUCGAGUCCAAGAUCGAAAGGAUGUUUGUGAAGAGGAUCUUAUUGCGCAGCCAUGUGACACCGAAGAUAUGGAGCUCAUGUAUUUAAGAAUUAAGCGAGGACAGUGGCGAUGCGGACAACCAAGUUCAGUGUGUGCCAUGUGCUAUCCGUGCAACGGAAAAGACAAUGCAUGGCAAUUCGGAUUGGAAUGUGAUUUAACCAGUGGAGUACGUUACCGCAGUCCGUCCAGUACCAUCAAAGUCAUCAAGCAACCGUAAAAUCCCAGCUGCGUCUUAUCGUUACCUCUCCUUUUUUAUGUCUAUUUGCUCUUCUCCAUUCAUCCAUUCCUGUACAUCACCCAUGGCCAACAAGGGCCAAAAAUCCAGUCGCGAAAGUGGGAGCUACCUGCAAGACCGAAUUCCCCCCCCGCACGAUGACCAACAACCCAUGCUUCAUUUCUACCAUCCCUUUUUUUUGUCGAGCGCAUCAAAACUGUAAAUGUAAACCAUCCGAAUAAAAUGAUC